GCGGGUAUACUUGGGAGUGCCGCACAAACGAGACUGAAGUUUAAAAUAGCCGCGCGCCGCUCUCGCUCUUCAGUACAGUUUGUUCAGCGCCGCCGCUUGCACCGUCCUUGCCGACUUUUGCUGAAUUAAACGUAACAGUUUUUGCAUUUGAGAUUUUAACUGUCCGCAAUUUAUUGACAAUUGAAUCAAGCUGAGAUUCUGUGCCAGACACAGUUGUUCGUGUUAAUUUGUUCUUUGUGAAGUUUCCGUGAACCGAGAUGCUGGCCAGCCCCGCCAUGGACCUGCAGAACGAGGAGACCCCGAUGGCGCUGCAGCGGCUGUGGAGCCUCACGCGCGCGCGCCUCGCCGGCACCUCCACGCUGGACGAGCAGCCGCAGCUCGUCGAGACCCUGCCUUCCGCUCAGGAGCUUGAAGGAACUCCCAAGAGCUACUCGCUGUACUCUUCUGACUACGAGAGCGAUGGUGAAGAAGCCUUCUCCGAACUUGAGGUUCAUGAGCCGGUGGAAUGUUUCAAGCGGUACUGGAGCACGAGCGAGUGCGAGGGCGAGGUGAUCCUGGACGCCAGCACCCUGGGAGACGUCCCGGCCGUGUACCGCGUGCCCCGGCCGGCGCCCCACGAGAUGCCCGUCAUAGGAGUCUAUGUGGACACCCGCGUGCGCACUGGGUUCCGAUACAAAGUCAGACCGAUGAAGGCUCUAGACGCGGCGCCCAUGUCCGUGAAGCCGCGCUACUUGUUCGGUGGUAAAGCGUUGACUCUCCAGUCGAUCGGUCGCGGGUUCGCCCGGCGCCUGACGUUCGAGCCAGUCGGCUCCAAGCUCAAUGACAACUGCAACUACUUCUGGACCGACUCCCGGCCUGAAGGGUUCUCCUUCGAGAUUGAAGCGGUCUCUGUGGGAGACAAGUUCACGAUCUAUGAUGCGGACCACAACCCGCAGGGCACGCUAGAAGUUGUGCAGCAACAGAAGAACCAAAUAGAACUUGACCAGAAAAUCUAUGACGACGGUACCAUCGAGAAGAAGGUGAAGAUUAACACUCUAUGCAAGGUGGAAUGGUACGAGAAAGAUGGCGCCACUAAGCUAGUCCCGGUCACUGGGACAGCUAUACUAAGGAAGGGCGCGAGAGGAAAUGCUACCGUGGUCCGAGUGUUGAAUGCUGCUAUUGGAAUCAAGCAGCUAAGGAAGGGAUACGAGCUGAAGCCAGGCAUCGAGUCUUCAUCCAGGAGGAUCACUGUGAACGGUGACGACAUCGGAGACAUUCCAUGCCAGUAUUGCAUUGUUGGCCUUGAAAGAUACGAAUUCCCUGUUAUUGGCACAUACGUGGACCCGCGCAUCAUCGCCGGGUUCCAAUACCGCGUGCGCCCCGCCGGCAGCCGCCGCCACCUGUUCCAGGGCCGCGACAUGCUGCUGCAGUCCGUCGGCCUGGGCUACGGCAAGCGCAUCACCUUCAAGCCAGACACCCUCAAUGCUCCUGAGAACUACUUCUGGUCCGACUCGCACCCUGAUGGACUGGGCAUGGAGCCGCGCGCCGUCAGUACCGGCAUGAAGUUUACCGUCACUGGAAAUGGGGGCCUGUUGGGCGAGGCGUCCGUGUUCAGAGCCGACCUGCCGCAAGUGGAGGAGCGGACCGAGUACGUGGAGGUGCCGGGGCAGCGCGCGCCCGCCGUGGACAAGUACAUCCACGUGGACGUCACGUGCCACGUGAAGCUGGCCACCACCGGCGGCGGCUCUGUGGACUCCGAGGUGCACCUCAUGCGGGUGUCCGGCGUGGCGCUGGUCCGCAAGGAGCCGACAAACCCUACAGCACGCCUCAUCAAGGUGUUCAACGUCGGUCUGGACUCGCAGCUCAACCUCCUCUUCGCGCACUCACAGACCGAGCUCACUUUCCACCCGAUCCCCUAAAUUCUCGCCGUGCACUGAAUGGUGUCGCAAGGCUUGCUGGUUCUUAUACCGCAAUGCGACACCACACACCUACCUGGCGUGACAUAGGCUCCGUCGAAUGCCAACUGAUUUGGUCACGAGUUCGCAACCAAUCCGCGCCCCGCGCCGCGCAACCCACACGGUUGCUGAAUGUAAGGUUGUGGACUCGCUGGUUGACUACUUCAGUCAGAGUUAUUAACAACAUGACUCUAAGACAGUAUUAAUAGAGUAUUAAUUCCUGUUGCCACAGUUUGCUGAGCAUCUGUAACUGUAGAACAGCGUUACAUUAUCUUAAUUCAUGUGUCCUGUCCUACAAGACCACAAAAUGUUUCAAAGUGGUUGGAGGCCGACAUCUUACGAUAAAUCAUAUUUUGAACUUUCUCUAUUAUUACAUCAGAAGUUCUGAUAAAUCUUGAGGAGAGACCUAGAUAAAGACUAGAUUACGUUAUUAUUCUGUUUCCCAAUCCUAAUUAUCAUAUUCAUCAAUUACUGAAUUGUUAUUUCUUCAUCACCUUUUGUGUCGAAUUUGUAUCCUUAUAAAUAUUAUUUAUUAAAACUUAUCUUACUUUGAAUAAUGAA